AUGAUAGCUCUCGGAACUUGGCGUUGUAUAGGUUAACUUAACCUCGAAAUUAUUUAUUUGAGUGUGUUGACGUUGAAGAUAUCUAAUGUAUAAGUGCUUCUUUAUAGUUAGAAUAAAAAUGUUAUAUUUGCUAGAAAGGCACUUGUUAUCAAGGUUGUGAAGUAACAAUAUCUUCACAUUUGUUAACCUAGUUGUUUUGUCCAAUUGAUAGCAACAAAAAUAGACUAUAAUGGAUGUGAAAAUUGGUAUCGAAAACGACAGUAGAAAUAUUAAAAGUAAUCGAAGAAAUUCUGAAAAAGCUUUGCACGUAUUAUACUAUGAUAUAAGUGAUUACAGUAGUACUAAUCAGUUUCUAAUCUGUUGUGCUGGUGUGCUAGUAUUUUAUCUUAUAUAUGGUUACUUGCAGGAGCUGAUAUUUACUGUUGAGGGCUUCAAACCAUAUGGUUGGUAUCUCACCUUAGUUCAAUUUGCAUUUUACUCUGUCUUUGGAUUCGCAGAGUGCGGUCUUAAUGGGGACACAAAACGACAUAUUCCACUCCAGACGUACAUGUUGUUGGCUCUGCUCACUCUGGGGACCAUGGGAUUCUCCAACUCGUCAUUGGGUUAUCUCAACUACCCCACACAGGUGAUAUUCAAGUGCUGCAAGCUGAUCCCGUGUCUGAUCGGCUCCAUACUGAUCCAGCAGAAGAAGUACGGGCUGCUAGACUACGUUGCUGCAGCAGCACUCAGCCUGGGCCUGACUCUGUUCACCCUCGCCGAUAGUCAAUUGUCACCCAACUUCGAUAUCAUUGGUGUGGUAAUGAUCUCGUGUGCUCUGGUGUGUGAUGCUGUCAUCGGCAAUGUCCAAGAGAAGUCCAUGAGAGCUCACGGAGCCUCCAACACCGAGGUGGUGCUUUACUCCUACUCCAUAGGGUUUGUCUACCUGCUCGUCACCAUGGUGCUGACAGGAGCACUCUGGCCAGGCCUCUCCUACUGCUCUCAGCAUCCGGUGAUAUACAUAUACGCCUUGCUCUUCUCCAUCUCCGGCUACCUGGGUAUACAGAUAGUCCUGACACUGGUACAGACCUGUGGUGCUCUGGUGGCAGUUACCGUAACUACUUGCCGUAAGGCUGUUACUAUCAUUCUCUCGUUCCUCUUCUUCGCCAAACCCUUCACAUUCCAGUACGUGUGGUCAGGACUCCUGAUACUCCUGGGAAUCUACCUCAAUGUGCUGAGUAAGAACAAGUCUUUGAUGCACAACCUGUCAAGGCACGUCUGGCAGAUCAUUGCCCCUUACCACCACAACCGCCGCACAUUUGUAGCGUCCUCUGUCUAAGUCUGUGAUCUCUAGUUAUAAGAUGUAUUGAUAGUGUAGGUCAGUUGCACAAUAAUAAUAGUGCAAACAUACAUCCCUGUGCAAAUUAUGGAAUCAAACCAAUUCUUUUUAAGAAAGAAUACUUAUUUUUAUAAACAGAAAAAUAUUGGUUCCAAAAUCAAAUUUACCACUUGGCACUAGGCACUGAAUCGACCAGGGUUUAGCACUGUUGGACUGCUUUCCAUCCCUGAACCAGAUUUUUAAAAUUGUGCAGAAAUCAUACUGUCUUUUUUUGCGCAAUCCAUCUCCCUGAAUCUUCCUUUGCAAAUAGUCCAAAGAUUCACAAUACGAUUCAAGUCAGGGGAGUUUCCCAGCUGGUCUAUCAUCUUGAAACCUUUCUGUGUGGAGAAUUUCCUCUCACUCUUUUGGAUGUGUGACAGAGUGCUUACUACUUCAAUGAAUUUAUCGUAACUCAUCACUCCAUUAACUUUACAAGUGUAAUGUCCAAGAAAGGAGAAACAUUAGAGCAUUUCUUUUGGGAAAGCUUCGCAAAUUGAGCAAUGUGCUUAGGAGAUGAGACCUCAUCAACAUCUCCAUACACAAGAAAAUGACUUUCAUCAGAAAAAACUUUUCUCCAGUCUUUUGUCCAAUAUUUGUAUCUUUCCCUGUUAAGGCAUUAUUUCUUGCUCACAGCACUUGACUCACACCACACUUACAAACAAUCUCCUUUGAGUCAGGGAAAUGUUUUCACUCAAUGUCACAAUAUCCUGCUUCUUUUUUGACGUGAUAUCCUUGGCCAACACAUAAAUAAAAAUCAGACCGGAUUGUAGCAAAAUCAGUGAAAACUAGUAAACUCAGAAAUAAAAUGGGUCUUUUGCUGAAAACAUGAGAAAAAACAGCUGAUGACUUUGGUAAAUGUGUAUAAAAGAAAUAAAACUGUGCUCCCAACCAAGAACAUCUUGGAAAUAAAAAUGUUUGCAGCUUGAUUCCAUUAAUUUGCACAAUGUUGUAGAAAUAGACACUUGCCAAAGUCAACAAGAUGUUUCUGGCCAGGCAAACUUUCUCCACAGCAUUAGCUGAUGUGAGCUGGAUAGGCUACUGAUUCCUGCCUUGUCACUAUCACUUUGUGUGGCAGUGUGAGAUAAAUAGGCUACUGGUUCCUGCCUUGUCACUAUCACUUUGUGUGGCAGUGUGAGAUAAAUAGGCUACUGGUUCCUGCCACGUCACUGUCACUUUGUGUGGCAGUGUGAGAUAAAUAGGCUACUGGUUCCUGCCACGUCAAUGUCACUUUGUGUGGCAGUGUGAGAUAAAUAGGCUACUGGUUCCUGCCACGUCACUGUCACUUUGUGUGGCAGUGUGAGAUAAAUAGGCUACUGGUUCCUGCCACGUCACUGUCACUUUGUGUGGCAGUGUGAGAUAAAUAGGCUACUGGUUCCUGCCACGUCACUGUCACUUUGUGUGGCAGUGUGAGAUAAAUAGGCUACUGGUUCCUGCCACGUCACUGUCACUUUGUGUGGCAGUGUGAGAUAAAUAGGCUACUGGUUCCUGCCACGUCAAUGUCACUUUGUUUGAAUGACCAAUUCAUUCCAAUUGAAUACUCUCCAAGUGUUUGAAGCAAUUCAAAUUACUUCUACAUGAAUUCCAAAUUUGAAUUCCAGCAUACAUUUUACAGACAGGAGUGCAAUAUUAUAACAGGAUUGUUGUGGACACUUACCAUCGUUAAGAGCUAUAAAAGAUUGAGACACUGUAAACCGGACUCUGGUUCAUUAGCAUAAUUGACAGUAUUGAGAAUGUUAGUUUGAAUCAUAAUCUGUAUCAGUCAUAUCUCAAUUAAUAAUUUCAUCAGUCCUGUUUGGUAAUAUUUCAAUUUCUUAUCUUAGGAAAUAUAUCUAGUAUGUUUUUCCAAGAGUGUUACACCUCAAAACUAAUAAAUUGGUGUGCACUGUUUAGUUUUAGUUAAGUUGUUAAACACAUAAAUUAGUUUUUUUAUUAUUUUCAUUAGACAACUGAUAGUAGUAAGCUGCAUUAACUGUAUAUUGAUCAUGUAGAAAAUCUACCAAUAAAAUUCCCCUAGGGUCCAAAUAAAUCGUGCAAGGACUUUUCCAGUAUGGAGAAAGGUUGUGGCUUUCACAGGGCACCCUUCAUCCUUUCUCCGCCAUUUUUGACUCGGAAGUGUAGUGAUGUACACACGUCUCAUCACAUAUAACAAAUCUGCUUUAAAAACGCCUUCUGUUCUUGCUAAAUUUAUUUAGAAGCCUUCCAGUGAUCUCUGACCUGACCUGUUUUUGGUCACCCAAUAACCUCGGAACCUAUCGAUCACUAGUUUUUUCUAAAACCGAGUUAAUCAGUAAUUAUGAGUUGAUCACUUCCAUAACUGAUACGCACUCUGAUAAAAUUUCUUCCAUGGUUAACCGGAGAUCACGUUCCAUAAGCACGAAUAUUGUCAUCUGUAAGAGUUGUCCUUGAGUGUCGAUCAUGACUUUCGUUUUCAACCCGUUCUCGAGCACCCUUAAAUUCUCUCACCCACAUAAAAACACAAUUCUGAGACAGUAUACUGUGUCUGCAAACGAGUUAAACUUUCCGACGGUUUAACGCCUUCAUUGGUCAAAAGUUUUAUGAUAAUCCGUUGAGCAACAGACGAAGGGAUUUGCUCGAUCAUCAGAGAGAAAAAUAAUAAGAGUAGAAAGUUAAUGUUCAAAUUUGGUGAAAAGAUUCAUUUUCAGAGCACUCUCAGUAGCUCGCUGGAACUUUGUAUGUAACUUCAUCUCUACAUAGUGAGAAUGAGUGCUAAGGUGGUGUAUGUCCAUCCACCCAUGGCAUUAGGCUGAGCAUCAUUGAAGUCUGACACAAUUUCUCUUUUGUCUUCCUACGGAUGUAAACAUUUCUUUUCUGUAUGAUUUUUUUGUCUAUUUAUCUUACUGCAGGACGAGAAUGAAAUGAUUUAGAUAUAGAUUUAGUAUUUUGUAUGCAAUCUUUGUGAAACACAACACAUGGCGUGGUGUACUUUUACCUACCUUGUUUAUAAAAAAGACAAAUCUUUAAAAUGAAAUAUGCAUAAUAAAAGGAUAAAUUUAAUAGUUAUUCAUAAAUAGAUGUUCUUGUUGAAUGUAAAUGAAAUACCGCUGUACAGUGGUUAACAUUAAUUUUUUUAUAUAGAAUAAAAAUAAAACAUUG